UUUGAUGCUCACGUCUCUCUCUCUCUCUCUCUCUCUCUCUCUCUCAGCCUUGAAGAAGCAGAAAAGAAGAAUAACCCUCGUAAAAUAACCUCAGUGAGACUUACUGAGAGAGGAGAAGCAAUAUUUUUCUUUCAGUGGAAGAAAGUUAGCAAUUUGAAUCGGUGUCGUGCGGAAAAUGUUCAGGAACCAGUACGAUACCGACGUUACUACAUGGAGCCCAGCUGGGCGGUUGUUCCAAGUGGAGUACGCGAUGGAGGCCGUAAAGCAAGGUUCGGCGGCAAUCGGCCUCCGAUCCAAGACCCAUGUGGUCUUGGGUUGCGUUAAUAAGGCUAAUUUCGAGUUGUCUUCUCACCAGAAGAAGAUCUUCAAAGUCGACGACCACAUAGGCGUCGCUAUCGCCGGUCUCACCGCCGAUGGUCGUGUGCUCUCCCGGUAUAUGCGAAACGAGUGUAUCAAUUACAGCUUCACUUACGAGUCGCCGCUUCCUGUUGGGAGACUCGUCGUCCAGCUCGCCGAUAAAGCACAGGUUUGUACCCAACGCUCUUGGAAACGGCCUUUUGGCGUUGGCCUGUUGGUGGCUGGCUUGGAUGAAUCUGGGGCACAUCUUUACUACAACUGUCCAAGUGGAAAUUAUUUUGAAUACCAAGCUUUUGCCAUUGGAUCACGGUCACAAGCUGCAAAGACAUAUUUGGAACGGAGGUUUGAGAACUUUACGGACUCCUCAAGGGAUGAUCUGGUCAAAGAUGCUAUUAUGGCAAUAAGAGAGACCCUGCAAGGAGAAACUUUAAAAAACUCAAUAUGCACAAUUGCUGUGGUAGGGGUUGGAGAACGAUGCCAUAUUUUGGAUCAGGGAAUUGUACAAAAAAUCAUUGAUACCUUCGAGAUUGCAGCAGAGCAAGAAGGUCCUGCUGCUGAACCUGAUGCUGCCACAGGUCAGGAGACAGCACCUGAGCAGGGCGACGCUGCUGUUCAAGGUGGUUCUACCGAUGAAGGCGUGGCCCCAAAGGAUAUUUGAGGUUGCUAGAACCAGGGUCUCAUCUAUCAGCGGUUGUAAACAUUUGUGUUGGAUAUUUCCUUUUAUCUUUAUUAUCUUUUACCCUUGGUGCAAACAUGCAAAUGCUAGGCCUGACCUGAAGCUACAUUUGAAUUUAGUAUUAAAGAUACUGGAACUUU